UUUCCUCUGCACAGGUUUUGAUAAAUCUCCCCCUUUGUACUUUAUAUUAGUGGUUAAUAUUGGUGACAUUGUUGAUUUUUUUGUAAACAACUCCAAAAUGUCUUUUUCCUUUUCCUAUGUCACACUGGCAGCAGCAAUGUCCCGCCUUCCUCCUGGUGUCCAACCCCAAUGUGUCAUAUGGGGAGAAGUUGAUCAGUUGCCCCUAGCAACCAAUCAGAUAGCUUCUUUUAUUUUUCAGAUGCCCAUUUAAAAAUGAAAGAAGCGAUCUAAUUGGUUGUUAUGGGCAACAGGCCAACUUAUUCUCUGCACAGGUAUUGAUAAAUCUCCCCAUAUAGUUCUGCUCAGGAAGAGGAUUGCACCAGGGACUGGACCAGGACACUGGAAGUGCUGGAGGUUAUCAAGUGUGAUGGGAUCCUUGUUCCAGAAGCUUCCUGAUCAGUAGAAGAGAGACAAUACAGGAGCCUGUGUUCUGAGAGAUAUUGAUGGGGCUAACUAUUGAGGGUCUUGGGCUCAGAUCUCUGCUACUGUUGCACUGAUGGGCAAACCAACGAGGCUCAUUUGAUUGCUCUAAGAAACAUUGGGGCCAACAAAAAAACCAAUGCGCAAAAUAACUUCCCCAACAAUUUGCUAAGCAUUGCUUCUAUCGUCUUUCACUUCAAAAGGAAAAACCUUAAGUCAUAGGUGGUUGGUAGAUCAUUCAUCUCAGAUGCAACAAAAAGUAAACUGUGUACCAGAAACAUUUACGUCAUGUUAUGUUUCAUGUUAUGUCAUAUUAUGUUCUAUUAUACCAUGUUACAAUACAUGUAGACAUGCGGCAUACUUUGCCUAAUUUUCAGAAUCUCCGACAAAAUGAAAAUGAAUCAAACAACAGAAUUUAUUCUUUUAGGGUUUUCAGGAAUAAUUGAUCAUCAGUUUUCCCUUUUUCCCAUCUUUCUAUGUAUAUAUAUGAUCACAGUGAGCGGGAACCUGUGUAUAAUCAUUACCUAUAAGCUCAGUCCGAGCCUCCACACUCCAAUGUAUUUUUUUCUUGCUAACUUUUCUCUCUUGGAAAUAAUGUAUGUUUCCUCUACUGUUCCUAAGAUGUUGUCCAGUUUAUUGACAAAAUGUAAAGUCAUCUCCUUCUCUGGCUGUGCUGUACAGAUGUAUUGUGUCUUGCUGUUUGGUGGAACAGAAUGCUAUAUGCUGGCAGCCAUGGCUUAUGACCGGUAUAACGCCAUAUGUCACCCUCUGAUGUAUACUCAGAUUAUGAGGGAAAUAGUCUGUAUCCAGCAUAUAGUGGGCUCCUAUGUCAUUGGUGCAGUUAAUGCUCUCAUACACACAGUUUUCACAUUUUCUUUACCGUUCUGUGGAUCCAAUGAGAUAGAUCAUUUCUUUUGUGAUGUUCCACCGGUACUGGAAAUCUCCUGCCAGGACAUUUGGGUCAAUGUACUUGUGAUAUUUGUAAUAAGCGGCUGUGUUAUUAUUGGUUCAUUUGUACUAACUACUCUUUCCUAUAUUGAGAUCAUUUAAAAAAAUUUUAAAUUGCGUUCUGCAUCGGGCAAGAAGAAAACAUUUGCAACCUGCUCUUCUCACUUAAUAGUUGUUGCUAUAUUUUAUGGUUCAGCUAUUUUUAUGUAUUUUAGGCCCAAGUCAAGCUAUAGAGUUGGACAAAAUAGUGUGAUCUCUUUAAUGUACACGGUAAUUGCUCCACUCUUAAACCCUUUUAUAUACAGUCUAAGAAACAAAGAGGUCAAGUCAAAUAUCAAAAAUAUAUUUUUACGGCUGAUACAAUUUUGAUUAAUAUACUAGAUAAUGCUGUGCACUUUUCGGUAAAAAGACCCUUAUGUUAUCUUUAUUUUGUAGUUCCAUACAAUUACAAUGAUCUCCAAUUUAUAUAGGUUUUGCUUGAUUUUUUGUUAAAAUAUGAGUAUACUUAAAAUUGCCCUCUUCUCAUAACACUUUUAUUUUCCGUUAUACGGGGCUGUAUGAGGAUUAGUUUUUAUAGGUACCAUUUUUGUUUUGACUGCACUUUUUAAUCACUUUUUAUUAAAAAAAAUUCUGGUAUA